UGAAAAUUGUCGACGGUUUGCUGAAAAUCAUACUCGCAACAGCUAAAUCAAUUGCAAUUGAUCAUUCGAUUUGCAUUUUAACAAAAUAUUUUCCAUACAUCAAAUAGACAAGUUAGCCGGACCCUAUAAUGUAUUGAAGCCAACCAAGUUAAUAAACGUGUACACACAUAUGUGUCAAGGCGUAUGUACAUACCUCUCGGAAAGUCCAUAACCUUACAUAAUCAGAGCGACAGGAAGUGGAAGCGAUCGCCAUGGGCAUACCUGACAUACGUCAGCUGGUCACACUGGAAUUUGAGGUUUUCGGACAUGUGCAAGGCUUAAAUCUGACGAAAGACACGCGUGACCGUUGCACCAAAGCAGGAAUCACAGGCUGGGUCAAGAACAGCAAGCGCGGCACCAUUGUGGGCAAAAUGCAGGGCCCCAAAGCGGAGGUAGACAAAAUGAUAAACUGGCUGUCCAGCGAGGGCUCACCAGGCUGUCAGAUCGAGCGAUGCGAGUUGCGAAAUCAAAGCAAUUUGAAUCGACUGGAUUACAAAGACUUUGCAAUUCGGUUUUAAAUGUUGUCUAUAGUCUUUUUU